AGAGGUAACCCCAGCGAGCGUUCAGAUCGUGGGCCGCAGGUCCCAGGAGCUAGCUCGCUAGGGAGCAGGAGGCCAAGCGACCAGAGUCGGAGUCAAGAGUCGUAGUCGGAGUCUCGGGACCGGAGCCGGAGCCUGAUCCGCAGAGUGCAGCCCGCCCGCCCGUCGCCGCCCGCGCACCCGGCGCUGCCAGAGCCUCCGGCGCAGCGCGGCCAUGGAGCCCAGCAGCAAGAAGCUGACGGGCCGCCUCAUGCUGGCUGUGGGAGGGGCAGUGCUCGGCUCCCUGCAGUUUGGCUACAACACUGGAGUCAUCAAUGCCCCCCAGAAGGUGAUCGAGGAGUUCUACAACCAGACGUGGAUCCACCGCUAUGGGGAGCGCAUCCUGCCCACCACACUGACCACACUCUGGUCCCUCUCUGUGGCCAUCUUCUCCGUGGGGGGCAUGAUUGGCUCCUUCUCUGUGGGCCUUUUCGUUAACCGUUUUGGCCGGCGGAAUUCAAUGCUGAUGAUGAACCUGCUGACCUUUGUGUCCGCUGUGCUCAUGGGCUUCUCAAAACUGGGCAAGUCCUUUGAGAUGCUGAUCCUGGGUCGCUUCGUCAUUGGUGUAUACUGCGGCCUGACCACUGGCUUUGUGCCCAUGUACGUGGGGGAGGUGUCCCCCACGGACCUUCGCGGGGCCCUGGGUACCCUGCACCAGCUGGGCAUCGUCAUCGGCAUCCUCAUCGCCCAGGUGUUUGGCCUGGACUCCAUCAUGGGCAACCAGGAGCUGUGGCCCCUGCUGCUGAGCGUCAUCUUCAUCCCAGCCCUGCUGCAGUGCAUUCUGCUGCCCUUCUGCCCUGAGAGCCCCCGCUUCCUGCUCAUCAACCGCAACGAGGAGAACCGGGCCAAGAGCGUGCUGAAGAAGCUGCGCGGGACCUCGGAUGUGACCCGCGACCUGCAGGAGAUGAAGGAGGAGGGCCGGCAGAUGAUGCGGGAGAGGAAGGUCACCAUCCUGGAGCUGUUCCGCUCGGCCGCCUACCGUCAGCCCAUCCUCAUUGCCGUGGUGCUGCAGCUGUCCCAGCAGCUGUCUGGCAUCAAUGCUGUUUUCUAUUACUCCACAAGCAUCUUCGAGAAGGCGGGGGUGCAGCAGCCUGUGUAUGCCACCAUCGGCUCCGGCAUCGUCAACACAGCCUUCACUGUCGUGUCGCUGUUUGUGGUGGAACGAGCUGGCCGGCGGACCCUGCACCUCAUAGGCCUGGCCGGUAUGGCAGGCUGUGCAGUGCUCAUGACCAUCGCGCUGGCGCUGCUGGAGCAGCUGCCCUGGAUGUCCUACCUGAGCAUCGUGGCCAUCUUUGGCUUCGUGGCCUUCUUCGAAGUGGGCCCUGGCCCCAUCCCAUGGUUCAUUGUGGCUGAACUCUUCAGCCAGGGCCCUCGCCCAGCUGCCAUUGCUGUCGCUGGCUUCUCCAACUGGACCUCAAAUUUCAUUGUGGGCAUGUGCUUCCAGUAUGUGGAGCAACUGUGUGGUCCCUAUGUCUUCAUCAUCUUCACCGUGCUCCUGGUUUUGUUCUUCAUCUUUACCUACUUCAAAGUUCCCGAGACGAAAGGCAGGACCUUCGAUGAGAUUGCUUCCGGCUUCCGGCAGGGGGGAGCGAGCCAAAGUGACAAGACACCCGAGGAGCUGUUCCACCCCCUGGGAGCUGAUUCACAAGUGUGAGGUGCCCCACACCACCAGCCCGGUCUGCUCCCAGCAGCCCAAGGAUCUCUCGGAGCACAGGCAGCUGGAUGAGACUUUCAAACUGACAAGAUCUCAGCAGAGCUGGGCCUGGGGCUCUUUUCUUCAGCCAGUAGUGAUGUCCAGAAGAAUAUUCAGGACUUUUAAUGGCUCCAGGAUUUUAACAAAAGACUGUUGCUCAGAUCUAUUCAGACAAGCAACAGGUUUUAUAAUUUUUUUAUUACUGAUUUUGUUAUUAUUUUUUUAUCAGCCAGAGUCUCCUUUAUCCACAUCCCUGGCUUCACCCUGAAUGGCUCAGUGCCUGAGGGUGGGGACCAAGCCCUGCCUAGACACUUGCCUUCUUUGCCAAGCUAAUCUGUAGGGCCGGACCUAUGACCCAAGGACACACUAAUUGAACUACGAACCAUGAGUCUUCUACCCCAAGAGGUGGCUCUGGCCACUCCUUCUGUGGGCCUGGGUCUCCCCACCUAGGGAUCAGGCUCCAGGAUCAGGCUCCAUUAGGAUUCGCCCAUUCCUGUCUCUUCCUACCCAACCACUCAAAUUAAUCUUCUCUUGCCUGAGACCAGUUGGGAGCACUGGAGUACAGCGAGGAGAGGGGAAGGGCCAGACUGGGCUGCCAGGUGCUAGUCUCCUUUGCACUGAGGGCCAGACGGUCACCAAGAGAGGAGGGCCAUGGGAAACUGAGAACUCACUAUUCAAGAAGACGUGAUCCUGCCCUGCUGUGUAUAGUUGGAAGAUAUUUAUAUAUAUUUUUUGGUUGUCAAUAUUAAAUACAGACACUAAGUUAUAGUAUAUCUGGACAAACCAACUUGUAAAUACACCACCUUACUCUGUAACUUA